AUUAUAUUCAUAAUACUAUCUUAUCGCAUUAACUGGUCUCAUUGCCUGCCCGAGGGGCGAGCAACCUGCCGCUCUGUGCCAGGAUUAACUAAAGAUCAGCUUGAACUUUGCUUCAAAGCCAGUGAUGUAGCAACUGCAGCUCUUGAAGGGCUAGACAUGGCGAUUCGCGAGUGCCAACAGCAAUUUUUAUGGCAUCGUUGGAAUUGCUCAUCACUAAGCAGGAAAUUGCGCAACCCACACAUAUCGAAUCUUCUUAAAAAAGGGUAUAGGGAAAGCGCGUUUGCCUUUGCCAUCUCUGCAGCUGGUAUAGCCCACAACGUAGCUCGGGCAUGUAGUCAAGGACGUUUGGUGUCUUGCGGUUGUGAUCCUUCAAUAAAUCGUAACACGUUAAACAAAAAUCUUAGGCGGAGCCUUGAUAAAGAAAAGAAGCUAUUUUUACAAUAUCUAGAAACCAAUCAAAUUCUCACCCCUGAGGAGGAGAAGAAAUACGAGCGAGCGAAAAUUGCAAGCCGUUGGAAAUGGGGAGGCUGCUCCCACAACAUGGAUUUUGGUGUUGAGUUCUCCAAACUUUUUUUGGAUUGUCGAGAAAAGGCUGGAGAUGUUCAAUCAAAAAUUAAUCUACACAACAACAACGCUGGUCGGAUCGCUGUUUCAAAUCACAUGGAGUUGCGUUGUAAAUGCCAUGGCAUGUCGGGUAGUUGUCAAUUGAAAACAUGUUGGAAAUCUGCCCCUAACUUUCAUAUAGUAGGAAAACUGCUCAAACAUCAGUUUCGAAGAGCUAUAUUAGUUGAUCAGUCGAACCUAGGAAAUGGAGAGCCCAUUGUUGUAAAAAAGCGUUCUCGAAUGAAAACGCAAAAUUCAACCCCUAAGACAAAGCGAAUUGACGAACGAGAGAAUGUCGAAAGGCCGAUUCAUAAAAUCAAAAUUGAGAAAGGCGAAAAGCGAUCGAUAGGAUCACUCGAAACAUCUUUAUUUUAUUACCAAAGAUCACCGAAUUUUUGCGACCGAGAUUUGAGCGCAGAUAUACAAGGCACAUCCGGCCGCAGAUGUAACAUCAAUAGUACUGUUAGUGAUGGCUGCAAUUCAUUAUGUUGCGGGCGCGGCUACAAUUUGGUCAAACAAAAACGAGCUGACCGUUGCCAUUGCAAAUUUCAAUGGUGUUGCCAUGUGAAAUGUGAGGAAUGUGAAUUGGAAGAGUGGAUCAGUGUCUGUAAUUAGAAUUACUACAGUCUUUCCCAGCUUAGAGAUUCAGUUAGUUCAGUAGAAUGUUUCUGAAAU